AUCAACACCCAUCUCCGAGCUGGACCAAGUCUUCUAGCCUAGCUCUUACGGCACCAAGCAGGCCUGCACAGCAUUUCCGUUGCCCGCGCGCGCACACACUGCAGGCCUCACUUCUUGGUGGCACUGGCAGUGGCACUGGCGGCAAUGCCGGACUCGGAUGUCCCCAGCCCAGCAUCGUCGCCGCUUGGCAGCGUGCAGAAGAUUGCCAGGGGUCGGAAAAGCAGGCGCGGCGGCGGGCGGAGCCCGGCGUACCGCGGCGUGCGGAUGCGGGCGUGGGGGAAGUGGGUGUCCGAGAUCCGCGAGCCGCGCAAGAAGUCCCGCAUCUGGCUCGGCACCUUCCCGACGGCCGAGAUGGCGGCGCGCGCCCACGACGCCGCCGCGCUAGUGGUCAAGGGCCGCGGCGCGGUGCUCAACUUCCCUGAGAUGGCGGCGUCCCUGCCGCGCCCGGCUUCCGCCGCGCCGCGCGACGUGCAGGCCGCGGCCGCGCGCGCCGCCGCCAUGGACGUUCCCGUGGGCGCGGCGGAGCCGCUGCCGUCCUCGUCGCCGCAGCAGGUGCUGGGGCAGCCGUUAGUUGUAGGCGACCCCGAUGUGGAGCUCCUGGAGGAGAUCGUGGAGCUACCGUUGAUCGACGAGGAUGUCAUGGCGUCGGACGACGUGUUCUGCUGGACGGCGUCGUUCCACGACUGUGCCGCCGACGACCCGCUGUCGUACGAGCCGAACGCGUGGAUGCAGGCAGGCGGCAGCAUUGCGGCGCAGGUCGCGGAGAUGAUGGUGCCCGGGACCGGGCUCGCCACGGACCAGCUCUGGACGGCGCAGCCAGACGGCAUUAUGCCUUCGGAGCUCGGUGCGUUCUUAUGGAACCCCUGUAGUUAACUACGCAACUAGCUAAUCGAUCUGCCCGUCUCUCUCUUUGCUCUCUUUGCAGUAUAUAUAAAUAUAAAUCGCAUGCUUUGUUAAUAGCUCAGAAAGCAUCUGCAUCGAACGACGGCUUGCUACGUACGUACCGUUGGCACGGCAGUAGCAAACAUACGGACGCAUCUGGGUACCUUUCCAAUUCUGCUGCGCUCUUCUCCUUCUCUACGGUCUUUUAUGUGCAUGCGAAGCCUGAUUGCGAUCGCGUCAAUGGAAGACAGAUAGGCGGUUGUGGGAGAACGACGCAAGCAACUAAAGGGUACUGGAGAGUCAAACAAAAUAGAGUGAUUCCAUUCCAUUAUUUAAAAAUAGAGCCGGUCUAUUCUGUGUUUGGCAUAAAAAAUAUGGUCGCUCUAUUUUUUGUUUGGUUGAAUAGUAGAAUAAAGCGGAGUCGUUCCGUUCUUUA